AGCAAAUUAAGAAUUCAAAUCAUUUUUUUUUUUAACUCAAAUUUCGAAUACUAAUAUCAAACAAAAAGAAAUUAACCAAAUUUCUGAACUUUUCCCAUCAAUACUAACUCUGGCACUAAAUGAUGCCAUGACUUAUGAUAAGGCUUCCAAAUCUGGGGGCCCAAAUGGAUCCAUACGUUUCAGAGAUAAGCAGACCUGAAAACGAGGGACUUGCUGCAGCUUUGAAUAUGUUAGAGGAAGCAAAGGAGGAGAUAGACUCAUAUUCGAAGGGUGGACCCAUCUCCUUUGCAGAUCUUAUCCAAUGUGCAGCAGCACAAAGCGCGGUUAAGUCUACAUUUCUAGCUUCUGCCAUCCGCAAGUGUGGAGGUAAUGAAGAGAAAGGAACAUUAUUGUACUCUGCGUAUGGCUCAAAUGGACAGUGGGGAUUGUUUGAUAAGCAAUUUGGACGGUCAGAUACCCAGGAGCCAGAUCCAGAGGGAAGGGUUCCUCAAUGGGAAAAAGCAACUGUACAGGAAAUGAAAGACAAGUUUAAAGCUAUCGGCUUUGGUCCCCGCCAGCUAGCUGUUAUGUCUGCAUUCCUUGGUCCAGAUCAAGCAGCUACUGAGGCCUUACUGGCCACUGACCCAGAUGUUUUGCCAUGGGUUCAGAAGUACCAGCGUAGUCGAGAAACUGUUUCUCAGACAGAUUAUGAAGUUGAUCUGAUAACUACUCUCACCAAAUUAAGUUCCUUGGGCCAACAAAUCAAUUAUGAAGCAUACACAUAUCCUGUCUGAAAGAUAGAUGUGACCAAACUCAAAUUAUAGAGGAAGCGCAUAGCAUUUUUAAGAACCGGCGAUGACUCUAGCUACUAGAAAACUAUUCUUUCACUGCUUUUGGCAGGGAUAGCAUCUGCAAGCUUCUCUUUCUUAUUUUUAUUUAUUUUGGCAUCGGCCAUGUGAACAGUCUAUAUCCCAUGAAAAAUGAGAUGGUCCGUGUAUAGCUCUACUACUUUAUAGAGAAAAGUUUGUUUCAUGUAAUUCUAUGUUGUAAUAUUAGCUGCAUAGUGUUUAGCACAAGCAGAUUGAAGAGCUGCUCUUCUUAAUUGAUAUGAUAUGACCACCUAGAUUCAUCCUUUUCAA